AUGGGUCUUUCGAUUUCAAAGCUUCUCCAGGGGCUUUUUGGCCGCAAGGAAAUGCGUAUUCUUAUGGUUGGUUUGGAUGCCGCCGGUAAGACAACCAUUCUUUACAAGCUGAAGCUCGGUGAGAUUGUCACAACCAUUCCCACUAUUGGAUUCAACGUUGAGACUGUCGAGUACAAGAACAUCUCAUUCACCGUAUGGGAUGUCGGUGGACAAGACAAGAUCCGUCCUCUCUGGAGACACUACUUCCAAAACACCCAGGGUAUUAUUUUCGUAGUCGACUCGAACGAUCGUGACCGUAUUGGCGAGGCCCGUGAAGAGCUUCAACGUAUGCUUAACGAGGACGAGCUCCGUGACGCUCUUUUGUUGGUGUUUGCCAACAAGCAAGAUUUGCCCAACGCCAUGAACGCCGCUGAAAUCACCGAGAAGCUCGGACUCCACUCGCUUAGACAACGUGCCUGGUACAUCCAAGCCACCUGUGCCACCUCUGGUGACGGUCUAUACGAAGGUUUGGAAUGGUUGGCCACAAAUAUCAAGAAGAGAACUUAA